GGCUGGUGGGCACUGCCUCCUCCCCUUCCUAGUACUCUCACCUUAGCUGCGGUUUGGUUAUGACCAUGUUCCUUCGGGUGGCAACCCAGAGGCUGUGUCCCUGGAGGGGCUACUGCUCCAGGGGGUCACAGGGUGGACUCAGUCAGGACUUUGUGGAAGCUCUGAAGGCAGUGGUAGGGAGCCCCCACGUGUCCACUGCUUUUGCCGUCAGAGAGCAUCACGGGCAUGACGAGUCGAUGCAUAGGUGCCGACCUCCGGAUGUUGUGGUGUGGCCUCAGAAUGUGGACCAAGUCAGCCGCCUGGCAACCCUGUGCUACAACCAAGGUGUUCCCAUCAUCCCGUUUGGCACUGGCACCGGUGUUGAGGGGGGAGUCUGUGCUGUACAGGGUGGAGUGUGCAUCAACCUGACCCAUAUGAACCAAAUCACGGAGCUGAAUACAGAAGAUUUCUCUGUGGUGGUGGAGCCUGGUGUCACCCGAAAAGCUCUCAAUACCCACCUGCGGGACAGCGGCCUUUGGUUUCCUGUUGACCCAGGUGCAGAUGCUUCUCUGUGUGGCAUGGCAGCCACUGGGGCCUCAGGCACCAAUGCUGUGCGCUAUGGAACCAUGCGACACAACGUGAUCAACCUGGAGGUGGUCCUGCCUGACGGCAGGCUGCUUCACACUGCAGGCAGGAGCCGCCAUUAUAGCUUUAGGCUUCCAGACAGAAAUCACCCACCUACCUUAUGUGUCCUUGGGUCCAGGAAGAGCUCGGCUGGCUACAAUCUCACAGGUCUCUUUGUGGGCUCAGAGGGGACUCUGGGCAUCAUUACUUCUGCCACCCUGCGCCUGCAUCCUGCACCCGAGGCCACCGUGGCAGCCACCUGUGCAUUCCCCAGUGUUCAAGCCGCUGUGGACAGCACCGUUCAGAUCCUCCAGUCUGCAGUGCCUGUGGCUCGCAUUGAAUUCCUAGAUGACGUCAUGAUGGAUGCCUGCAACAGGCACAGCAAACUGAACUGCCCCGUGGCACCCACCCUUUUCUUGGAGUUCCAUGGCUCCCAGCAAGCAUUAGCAGAACAGGUGCAACGCACAGAGGCAAUUACUCAGGAUAAUGGGGGCUCUCACUUCUCCUGGGCCAAGGAGGCUGAAAAGCGCAGUGAGCUUUGGGCGGCACGGCACAAUGCUUGGUACGCAGUCUUGGCCCUGUCUCCUGGACGGAAGGCCUAUUCUACGGAUGUGUGUGUGCCCAUCUCCCGGUUGCCAGAGAUCCUGGUAGAGGCCAAGGAGGAGCUUAAGGCCUCAAAACUCACAGGAGCCAUCGUUGGGCACGUGGGUGACGGCAAUUUUCACUGUAUCAUACUGGUCAACCCAGAUGAUGUGGAGGAGCAGAGCAGGGUCAAGGCCUUUGCAGAAAAUCUGGGCAGGCGCGCCCUGGCACUCCAUGGGACAUGCACAGGAGAGCAUGGCAUCGGGCUGGGCAAAAGACAGCUGCUGCAAGAGGAAGUGGGCACGGUGGGCAUGGCGACUAUGCGGCAGCUCAAAGACGCACUGGAUCCCAGAGGUCUCAUGAACCCAGGCAAAGUGCUGUGAGGAACUUGAAACCGCUGGCCUACAAUCCCCAGAUUGCAGAGACCCUGUUCGCAACCUUCCCUUCAUGCUGCUGGCUUUACAAGACAGAAUGACUGAUGCUAUCUGUGCCUGCCAGGUGUCUCUGUGUAGCUGGCUCUCAAGGUGAAGGUCAAGAGGAUGGACUUACAGAGAACUACUUUCCUUGCCGUUCUUAGCCUUCUGCUCCAGCAGAAAACCCAGGUGUUUCCCAGCGGAGUUUCUUCCUGGCUGGCAGAGGUGGUGUGGGUCUCCUCCCAGAGUAAGAUCAGAUCCCUUUGUGGAGGCCGAGACUGGUGUCCAGCAUCAUCCAUCACAGCUCAUCCUAUACAUAGGAACAGGACCACGCCUCUACAUAGGGAAGGAGCCUUCAUUCCACACUGUUAGGCCUUCUCCUUGUCCGCCAAUGCCCAUGAAUGUGAACCCUAUUUGCAGCUGUAUCCUGUACCCCUUCGUCUCUGACCUUGGACUAAUGAGCCAUUUGUUUCGGGGCAUCCUCUUAGACUGACAUUAGCCUGGGGAAGUGGCUCAAGUUCAGGCUUUGGAAGAAAGCCUGUCCCAACCCUCCUGCAUUUGCAUACCGGAGGCAGAAGACCCACCUGUGGAGGAGGUCACUUCUGACAGCUUCCCCACUGGGUUUAGACUGGAACACUCUCUUCAAGCUGCUGCCACAUAGGCCAUUAGAAAUGGAGGUGAGCUAAUCCUCUUUGUACCACCUGUCUCCAUGGCAUUAUACCGUUAUACCAUUAUAAUGCACCAGCCACCAGCUUUUACCUUCAAAGUCAGCAUAUUGCCAACUUGGGGGCCUGGCAGUUUUGAGAUUCCCAGAUCAGAGCCUGUCUGAAGGUACGUGGGAGUUGUUCCUCAGAAGUCCACAAGAGGGCGCAUGACACCACAAAUCUGAAAAAUAGCAUCUUGUAGUUCCUACCUUCCAGGGUCAGGUGGCCAGUCUCAAGACCUUUUACCCCUGUGGGUCCCGGUCAACUGUAGUACCAUCUCCCCUACUCCUAGGUUUUUUUGGUUGGAAAAACAAAACAGGAAGGAGCCACAGACAGGGGAAGUAACAGCCUCUCAACCUCCUCGCUCUAACCACUUUUCUCCCACCAUGCUCCCGGAAGAGGCUGCCACCCUGUUACUUUUUCAGUCCAACUUCAGUUCCAAGGACCCCUUUUCUGUGAUGUCUGUCUCAUGGUUCUCUCCUAAACCACUUCAGGAUGUAGAAACCCAAACAUCAGUUGCUCAAUCACCAGGGAACCAGAGGGCUCUGGUGAACCCUAACCCAGACAGAUUGUGUGCCCCUCCCACAAGCCCUCCCGAAUUGAGUUCCGCUGGGUAGGGCCUCCCCCCCCCCCCAGUAACAAGCGACUAGCAGACACUCAAUAAAGAGUCAUUUCCCCACAAUUUCUUUUAUUAAAGAAAAUUCCAAACAUACAGAAGAGUUGAAAGAACAAGUACACUAUUCGCUGAAA